UAGAUAAAUGGCAUAUCAAUGAUCUGUCGGAGAUUUCGCUCUGUAACGAGUGGUACUUAGUGUGGCAUUUUGUCCAUAUUAGACGAUGGUUCGCCGAUGAAUCUAAGCGAUGAGGAUCUGAAAUGUGCGUUGACCAACUUGGAAAAAAUUCUGGUUGAAGUAGAUGCAGACUAUGCAAUUAUGGAUGAGCGGAAUAUUAGCGAAAAUCCUUUCCCUGAGAUCAAGACCAAAUACGUCACUGAAGAGAAAGCCCCUGAGGAGGCGAAGAAGAAUGAUCUUCCAAUAACCAAGGUGGCACAUAUCAUGAUACGAAAGAAGAAUCCGACCAUUGACAGUAUUCUGGAAAUUAGGGUGGCCGUUGUAGGCAAUGUUGAUGCUGGAAAGUCCACUUUGCUUGGUGUUUUGACCAAAGGUGUACUUGACGAUGGGCGAGGAAAGGCCCGACUCAACCUUUUUAGACAUAAGCACGAAGUAGAAUCAGGACGAACAUCCAGUGUAGGAAUGGAGAUCCUUGGCUUCAAUUCGAAAUCCAUACCUAUCACACAUCCAAGCAACGGAGGACGGAAGCUGACAUGGGAAGACAUUUGCAGUCAAGCUUCGAAGGUAGUCAGCUUCGUAGAUCUCGCUGGUCACGAAAAGUACUUAAAGACCACUGUGUUCGGCAUGACUGGCUGUGCACCGGACUUUGUCCUGUUAAUGGUGGGAGCGAACGCUGGUAUUAUUGGAAUGACAAAAGAGCAUCUUGGUCUUGCUCUUUCACUUGGAAUUCCAGUGCUGGUAGUUAUCACAAAGAUUGAUAUGUGUCCUCCAAAUAUCUUGGAAAGCACCAUCAAGCAGUUGGUCAAAAUUCUCAAGUCGCCAGGUUGUCGGAAAAUCCCAAUGUUCAUAAAGACCAAUGAGGAUGUAGUAGUAACUGCGGCGAACUUUGUGAGUGAGCGCCUGUGCCCAAUAUUUCAAAUCUCUAAUGUCACUGGCGAAGGAUUGAGCUUGGUUCGCAACUUUUUAAAUAUCCUCCCUUCUCAGGCAAAAUACGACAGCUCGCUACCAUUUGAAUAUCAAAUUACUGACACCUUCUCAGUACCAUUUGUUGGGACCGUCGUUUCCGGAGUAGUUAUUUCCGGUGUGGCUCACAUUGGAGACAACUUAUUACUAGGACCUGAUUCACUUGGCCAUUUCAUACCGACAGCGAUAAAAGGUAUACAGCGAAAGCGAGUCAAUGUACCAGCAGCUUCGGCUGGCCAAGGUGUAACGUUAGCUUUGAAACGAAUACGGCGCAGCCAGAUCCGAAAGGGAAUGGUAAUGCUCUCACACGAUAAAGAUGCGCCAAUGCCAAAAGCUUGUCGUCAGUUUGAGGCUGAGGUCCUCGUCCUAUACCACUCUACAACCAUUGGACAGAAAUAUCAAGCUAUGGUUCACUGCGGAUCCGUGCGUCAGACUGCUCGAAUUGUCAACCUAGAUCAGACAGUGUUGCGAACAGGUGACAGAGCGACGGUGACCUUUGAGUUCAUCAAGUGCCCGGAGUGGCUGAAAGUUGGUGCUAGAAUUAUAUUUCGCGAAGGUCGGACAAAGGGUAUUGGAAAGGUUACGAAACUCUUAACAGAACCGAUAAAGACGACCUGAUCCUGUAUAAUAU